AUGGCUUUCCAGGUCCCAACACACGUCCCUCGACGUAGGACCUCAUACUCUGCUCCCCAGCCUCCUCCGACUCUUGACAUACCCCCUACCUCCCCAGACCAACGCGAUGACGACACUGCCCAAUGGGUGCUGUUCUCCCCAACCGCGCGUACACACACGACCUCGACCGAUCGCACCCGCACCGCUGGUCCAUCCAGAAUAAGUGAUUUUGGUUCAUUUGCCGCAACUCCUUCAGCCAACGGUGUCGAUGAUGAUGACGCGCUCGAUGAUCAACUAGACGAAGAUGGCACCGAAUUAGACAGCCUCGACGACGGACUGCACGCCUUCCGAGUUCCCUCUCUGGGACCAGCUUCCCCCACAAGGAUGGAACAAGGCCCACCAGCGAUGCUUCCAGCCCAUGAUGGACUUGGCAGCUUCCAAGCCUCGAGUCAGAUGGUCCAAGAUCAGCUCUGGCAACAUGAACAAUACAACCCACAGCGACAGUCUUACGCCCACCUUCAACGCCCACAGCAUUCGAGUGUACAGAGGCAUUUGGAUACUGUUGAAGAGGGCGAGGCCGAUGUUGAGCGACAAAGAUGGCAAAGAAUAGAAGAAUGGCGUAUGGAUCAGAGCAAGGCUCUGCUCCAAGAGAUUGAACGGGAGACCCGUCAGCGACGGAGUAGUCGUGUCAGCCGAUCGAGUGUUCAGCGGUCUGUGGAGCAUACACCGCAAGCGAGUAUCUUCGACGAGUCCUCUCUAUCAAAGGAACUAUCGCUACCAGAGGCUGCCUCCGAAGACGACGAGUCUUUCUGGCGCCGUAUAACACGAAAGGUAAUUAGGGACCUGAUCGGAAUUGAUGACUCCUUGCUGUCCGUGAUCUUCGGGGAGUCGUUGCCGCUGGACGCGCAACCUCACGGUCAGGAAGAGCCACUCGAUAUGGAAACUGUGCUAUCCCGCGAGCCGGAGCCAGAAAACAGCGAUACGCCGAUGUGGCAGAGUAAUGUGCUCCAGAGGAUUGCCCAUGAGCUGGGUGUUCUUGUACAUCAACUUUGUGAACACCCAGGUGCGUUUACUACAUACUAUCAGAUGACAAAAGACAUCUCCGCUGAAUAUGCGGGCAUGUCCAUCAACCGUCUGUCAGAGAGUGGUGUAUCUCAGAAACCAGCCGAGUCUACUUUACAAAGCACUGGUGAGACUACUGGUGAUUCUAUGCCUUCACCUCAUUUUAUGCCCACACUUCGCGACCCCAACCGUGAACAUGAAGCGCAAUGGGGAAUCGAAGACGACGACCCAAUGGGAUCCCACUCGAUGCCUGAUGUAGCACGAGCCCAAGAGGAACAGGAAUAUUGGGAACGUGGACUCGACGUGAUGAUGGUCUUCCGCUACCUGCGAAAUCGAUUUGGCCGCCAUGGCUACAUGCCAAAUGAAGCCCAACCCCCUUCUCCAUCCCGCCGACCCCAAGAUGCAUCCCGUCGAGCGGCCAUCAUUCGACACCACCAUCCACUAGUUGCGCGUGCUCACACUCGCUCCCAGACCCAGACCCGCCGCACCUCACAGUACUCCGGUGUAACAGGCCCAACUGGUGUUUCCUCGCCCUUGUUACGUCCUCAUCUCCGUCGCCCAACCUCCAGCUGCGCCAGCCAAAGCGCUAAACUCUCCGCUAUCUCGAGCCGGCGGUCCAUGACUGGUUCCAGCCGGAAUUAUUGGGAUAUCGGUGGGAGUGAAAGCAAUAGUGCGAUUGGUGUCGGUGUCGGGGCAGGUCUCGGCACCUGGGGCGAAGUGUGA